AUGGCCCAUAAUCGUUUGCUUUACAAGAAAAGUCAUAAAAAAGAAACAAUUUCUGAAGACUACAAAGAAAAAGACACGAUAUUAGAAAAUUCUCAUACGUCGAACAUCCAAUUUCUUUCAAAUCACGUCAUGAACUACAUAUCUCUUAGAACGGUGCCAGUUAUUCUUCGUAAUGGAUAUAAAAAAGUUGUGGUAAACGCAUUGCUUGACAAUGGAAGUACCAAGACAUAUUUGAACUCUGAUGUAGCGGGUGAGUUGUCACUGCAAGGUAAAACCGAAAAAGUAACUGUAAACAUAAUAAAUGGAAAAAUUGAUUCUUUCGAAACGAUGCCGGUAGAAUUUCAGUUGGAAUCGUUGAAUGGAGAAACAAAAAUUACAGUGGAAGCUUUUAUAGUUAAUAAUGUAACUGGAAACUUAAAAGCAGUUAAUUGGGCAAAUAUGUCAAAAAGUUGGAAACAUUUAAGAAAAAUCGAAUUCCCAAAUAUUAGACCAAAACCAAAAAUUGACAUUCUAAUCGGUGUGGAUUACGCUGAGCUGCACUGUGCAAUUAAGGAAGUAAAAGGAGGAUUUAAUGAACCAGUGGCUCGACUCACGCCGCUCGGAUGGACAUGUGUUGGUGGUAUUGGUGGAUCUCUUCAAACCCAUUUUACGAAAAUAACAUCUAGUACAAAGGAAAUAGAAGAUGCAAACAACACCUUAAAAAAAUUAUGGGAAAUUGAAGGCGAAGAAGAGAUGCAAUUUAGAAAAAUAAUGACAAGUCCAGAAGACUCUACCGCCCUUAAUAUAGUAACUAAUUCGCUAAAAACUGAGAACAGAAGAUAUGAGCUAAAAUUACCAUGGAAAGGUAAUAGAUAUUUGGACAAUAAUUAUACAAUGGCGUUAAACAGAUUACAAAAUACGGAAAAACGGCUAAUUAAAAACAAAAGUCUAGGAGAAGAGUACAAUAAUAUUAUAAAGCAGUAUCAAGAAAAGGGGUACUUGGAGAAAAUCAAUAAAAGGGAUCUUGGAGAUGGUUGGUACUUACCACAUUUUGCAAUUCUUCAUCCUGAUAAAUCAACUACAAAAGUCAGAAUUGUGUUUGAUGGAUCCGCAAAAUAUAAUGGUAAAUCAAUUAAUGAUGUUAUUUAUCAAGGUCCAAAACUUCAACAAGACCUUGUGACUGUUUUGCUGAGAUUUCGAAAAUACCUAGUGGCUUUAGCUUGUGAUAUAGCAGAAAUGUAUUUUAAAAUUGGAAAACAUAAAGAUGACCAAAGCGCCUUUUAUGGCUCAAUUUGUAACGCAAGAACACGCAAGAAAGUAUGCAAAAAAUUUCCUUUGGCUUCUGAAGCUGUUCUUGAAGCAACUUACAUGGACGACACAAUAACUUCUCUAGUUGAUGGAAAAGUAGGAAUUCAAUUAUACAAGGAACUCACGCUACUAUGGGGUUCAGCAGGAAUGUUUGCACGAAAGUGGCUUUCAAACUCGGUCGAAGUUCUUAAAAUAACACCAGAAAAUGAUCGUGCAGAACAUAUAAAUUUAGAUUCUGGAGAAUUGCCUGCAAUGAAAACACUUGGAGUUGUCUGA